CUAAUACCAUCGUAUUCACAUUUAUGUCUACCAUUUUUCUCAUCUACCACUUGACCCUUCUUUCCUUCAGAUUCUCCCAAAACCCCCCAUUCCACAGUUAAAUUAAACCCACUUGAUCCAUUAAAUAACCCACGCCUGAAUCCGGAUCUUCGACGGAGAAGAAGAAAGAAAGAUGAGCAGUAGUGAAGAGGAGAAGAACAGGGGAGUGGUCGACGAUCACCAGCCUCAUCAAUACGGGACUUUUCAAGGAGUCGCCAAUUACCCACCUACUACCCCCAGUUACCCCCCUCCUCGCCCGCCGCAACCGGCCAUCGGAUUCCCUCAGCCCGUCCCACCUCCUGGGGUCCACGAGCCCAGCGCCCCUCCUCCAGAAUAUUACGCUCAUGGGUACCAAACCGUCCCUGGUUAUGCUGUUGCUGAAGGAACACCAGUAAGAGAGCGCCGUCUACCAUGCUGUGGCCUUGGUGUUGGCUGGUGCUUGUUUAUCAUUGGUUUCUUCCUUGCUGCCAUCCCCUGGUAUGUUGGGUUAUUUGUUCUGCUUUGUGGAAGGAUAGACUACAGAGAGAAACCAGGCUAUAUAGCUUGCACAAUUGCUGCCAUUCUUGCCACUAUUGCAAUUAUUCUUGGUUUAACAAAGGGAACUCAUACCUGGUAGCAUGCUUGGAGAAUGGAUAUAGGUUGCAGUGUAUGGCUGUACAAGCAUCUUUUGAAACAACUACUCCUAGAUAUAUUAAUUUCUAUGGGAGAAAUGUGCAUCUAGGCAUUUGUGCUGCAAACUUAGCCUUGCUUGUCAAUCGGUAGUGCUGUUGCUGCAAUGCACAUUCUUAAGAAUAAAUUUUACUUUUAUUAUUAGUGAAUUACAGAAUUUAUGCUGUGUUAUAUUGUAUGCAUGUUUUGCAAUAUGAGUUGGAAAUGAAUUGCUGCUUAAAAA